UACGCUCCGUUUCCGUCGUUUCUAAAAAAAGUAGCCAACAUGGCUAACGAGUCUAAAUAGCUAACUUUACUGAUUUUAAUGCUAUAUUUUAAUAGUUUUUACAUAUUAGUUUUUCACUUCCGCACUUAAGGUUCCCUUUUUAAUCCAUUUGAACAAGCCAGUGUACAAGAAGAAGUCAGGUAACCCUGAGGUAAAUUAUAGCUCUGCAGCUAACGACGUUAUCGUUGAAAUAAUACGAUUCCUGUCUGUCAAAGGUGCUGCGAAACCUCGACACGGUUCCCUGCUUAUAUCAGAGCCAGCAUGUUGCUGCAUUACUGUCCGCAGUGCGGCUCAAAGCUGCAGCCUGGCUUUAAAUUUUGUCCAGCCUGCGGGGAAAAGCUCCCCUGCCCGAUGGUCGACCCUGCUGAGCCUGCCGAACUUGCUCCCGGCCCGCCGCACCCAGCCGGUACCAGAGAAGUUAAUUUAGGAGCUGUUAAGGCCUCUGCCAGCUCGACACUAACUCGCUCACCCAUCCGAACCACACGCCGAAGAUCCAUCAAGAUGCCGAGUAGCCCGGCGCCGACACCUGUGGCUCUGCUUCAGACAGCCCCACAUGCAGACCAGAAGACUCUGAAAUCACCACGUAAGCGAAAGACAACCCCUGAUAAUCUGGAGGAGUCAGAGCCAAAUGAAGUGUCCUCCCCUCAGACUCCACAGCCAUCUCAGACUCCACCUUCUCCAUCCUCACAGAGUCUUCCUUCAGCCAAAGGCAGAGGUAAGCGAGCUAAGAGAGUGUGUGCCGUGGAGCCUGUGCAGGAAGGGACGGAGGUUUGUGACCAGUCAGGCAAAAAAUGGCGGCUGGUGAAACUGUUGUAUCAGACAGAGGUGGAGCUGACAUAUGAAGGAUCUAAACUCAGGAUAUUUUGUGUAGUGCAGCAAGCCAGUAGGGGAACCACUUCUGAUGACUGGAUGCACAUUUUGAGAAUGGGCACUAAAGAUGGACAGAUGUUUGUUGAACAGAAUUUCCUUCAAAGAGCAGCCAAACCCAUUGCAGUGGAGAAGUGGAUGAAAAAAUACAGUAUGGACUUCCUAGGAAUUCCAGCCUGUGUGGGCUUUGGGAUUUAUGAAACAUACAGAUUUUUAAUAUUUCCUGACAUGGGCCAAACUCUACAGUCAGUUGUGGACAGAGAGGAGUCCCUGCCUGAGAGGGCUGUCCUGCAGUUGGCAAUACAGCUCUUGGAUGCUCUGGAGUUCAUACAUGAGAAUGAAUAUGCCCAUGCAGACCUCCACGCUGGCAACAUCUAUGUCACCACAAACGGACAGAGGACAAAGGUGUUCUUGUCGGGCUUUGGUCACGCCUUCAGGUUCUGUCCAGGAGGGAAUCAUGUGGAGUACCGUGAGAGCAGCAGAACCCCCCACCAAGGAAACCUCAACUUCAUCAGCGUUGAUUCACACAAAGGGGUUGGUCCCUCCCGCCGGAGUGAUGUGCAGUCUCUGGGCUACUGCCUGCUCUCAUGGAUGACAGGAACACUACCCUGGGGUGGCAUCACUCAGAGGAACUCAGCCAUCUUUGCUGAGAAGGAGAGGUAUAUGUCUGACAUUCAUGGGCUGAUGAGCUACUGUUUUAAAAAGAGGAAAGUUUCAGGAGCGCUGCAGUGCUACUUGACUCAGGCAAUGGGCUUGAACUAUACUGAAAAGCCAAACUACUCACUUUUAAAAACUGGGCUUAAUGAAUCAUUGCAGAAGAUGGGUGGAAGAGUGAGUGAUCCGCUGGUUUACAGGUAAACCUGGAACAGCCCAAAAGGAGCUGACACUGCCAAUGUGAGCAUGACGAUGGAUUUUUAGACAUUAUGUUCAUGUUUAGAACUUUAAGAUGGUUUUAAUGACAAAUUAAAGUGUGUUUCAGUGUUUAACACAAUGCGAUGUGCUUAGAGUUUUUAAUCACACUGGGUGAAGAAAUGUAAUGUUAAAUUCUGAUAUUUUACUUAAUAUUUUGUUUAUAUGCUUCUGUUUCAUCAUUGUUGGUUCUUCUCAGUUGUUAAUAUUGCUAAUCAUUUAUAUUGAUUCGGAAAUUGUAAAAUACAAAUAAAUAAAAAUCCAAACAAG